CGAUAAACUUAUUUAUAAAUGAUUUCAUUUUGUUUAUUGUUUUGAUUGAACCGAAAGUGAUCUAAAAUAUUAUGGUUAGGGUUGCGGUGAUUGGCGUCGGCACUCUUGGGGUCAAAAUUGCCGGCUCGUUAGCCUAUGGGGGACAUGAAGUGCGAGUUCAGGACCAAAACACGAUUACUCUCAAUAAAGUAUCUCUUAUUAUAAAUGAAGACAAAAGAAUACUCAAAGAAGACGGACUCAUAACUAAUACUAAUUUUCUCGGAGAGGUAUAUUGUUUCACAAAACUAGAGGAUGCCGUCCGGGAGGCGGAGUUCAUCUUUGAAUGCGUUACUGAAGACAUUGUCGCCAAACAGAAUAUAUUCAAACAAAUAUCGAUGUGUUGUUCUGAUAAUGCGAUUAUAGCCACGAGUUCUAUGCGAUUAUCCGUCGAUCAGAUCAUUGAGAAUAUCAAUUGCAAAGAUCGUUGUUUAGGCGUCCGAUUCUUAUAUCCCGUGUAUUUUGUACCCGAAGUGGAACUCUUGCCGUCGAGAACCUAUACAUCCCUUCAAACUUUAGAAAGAGUCCGUCAAUUCUUGGAGAAAAUGGGAAGAAUUGCUUUCUUCAGAUCUGGAAACGAACCGAUAGUUUUAAAUGAACAGCAAAGAGAGGCUCGAAAAGCAGAUUGUGUGUUACAUCCGUGCCAUCACUUAUGCGUUUGCAUACAAUGCGGACGUCUUUUGCUGAAAAGAUCGGACAGUUGUCCCAUUUGUCGCCGAACUAUCAAUAAUGCCUUUCGAGUCUAUCACUCGUAGACUCAUUCAAACCAUUUCAAAUUUCACUGUAUUUUAAAGUAUUGUUAAAUGCAUUUGAAUACAGAAUUUGUCAGUUAUAC